AUGGACAAUACAGAAUGGAAAAUAAAAGUUCGUGUCGUAAGAUGUUGCGAGGCUACAACACUGGAUCAUUCUACAGUUUUGGGUGUUGGAGUAAUAUUCCAUGAUUCGGAGGGGUACCGUGUUCAUGCUUCUCUUUUUAGGCGCCAUUUGGAUGAAAAGAGUGUUGUUGCAAUUAGGGACUUCAUUGUAGCUCCAAACUAUGGUAGGUACAAGACAACAAUAGGAAGGUACGAAAUUAUUUUCAUGACGCACUCAGAGUCUCCAAAGAUAGGUUCUAAAAAUUCCUCUACAAUUUCACGAGCUUUACUGAGUUGGCUAAAGAAACCUUUUUCGACUUCAUACAUUAUUGGGCGAGUGAACAACGCGUUUUGCGAAAUAACUUUGAAGGACAUCGAUCGAAACAAAAUAUAUUUGUGGGAAGAAAAGAUUGAUGAAAUAUUGCCUUCAAUUCUAAACCGUGAAAUCGAACCUCUUGUACUUAUUUUACAAUUUUGUCGUGUCAAAGUUGUUGGAGUAACAGUGUUUCAAACACCUUUGAUAUCACAACGAGAUAAUGAAGUUGCAGAGAACGAAAAUCUGUUCAAGAGUAGAAUGAAGUUGAUGAUGAGGCAAAUGCCGAUAUUGAAGAUGUUUGAAGUGGCUAUGCUCGACCCGAUCGAUUUCCUCACUUUCUUCUCCCCAAUCGCCACUUCAACACGGCCGGCUCAAACCACCGCCGCUAACGACGACCCCGUCAUCACAUCCGCUGUCAAUCGGACGACGAAUUUCAGUCGAGGGCAGUAA